UAGGUUUAUGUAUAGUGAUUUCAAGUCAGAUGAGUAUGCUGUGAAGAUGGCUGUUUUGUACCUUGUUACUAAUUGUUUGAUUAGUAGCGUUUACUCAAAAAAAGUUCCUGUUGAGAUUUUGAACAUAAUUGGGGUUGAUGAGUAUGGUAGUUUUCCAUGGGGUAUACCAGUGUUUGAAUUAACUUUGCACAAUUUAAAGAUUGGUCUGAGGGGUGUUAUGAAGGGAAAAGGUGUUGCUAAGCCUCUUGCUAAGGUUAAAGGGAAACAUUUGGAAAAGGGUCCUCGAUCUUAUAAACUUCCUGGUUUACCUUUUGCAUUUUUGGUUUGGUUGUAUGAAACCAUUCCUUUGUGCUUGAAGGCAAGGUUUUGUUCCUAUGAUUCUGGUAAACCAUAUAGGUUUUGUAGAUGGAAGAGUAUUGGAAAUCCAAAUUCAAGUGAAGUUGAGAAGAAAGUUCUAUCUUCAAAUAAGGUAUUUUUUUAUAUUUUGUAAAUUAUUUAUUUGUUGUUUUUAUUAUAUUUUGUAAACUAAUUAUUUUUUUUUGUUUUGCUAGCUGAAAGGAAAACAUAUUGUGCAUACUGAAAAUGAAAGGAAUGGUUUAUUGGUCCUUACUGAAAUGGAGUUUAUUGGCCGAGAAGAGUCAGAUGAUGACUUUGAUGAUGUUCCAUUCUCAAAGUUUAAUGUUGAUAGAGUUGGAUCUUCUGGUGUACAGAAGGAGUUUACUGGUGGGUUUGAUGUCGAUGGUGUGAUGCGUAAGAUGAAGGAGUUUAUUUCUAGGCAAAAGAAGACUGAUGAGUCUAUUGAAGUAUUGAAUAAUGUGUUGAGGGUAGAUUCAAGGAGUUGCAGUUAAGUCUUCAGUCGUAUAUUGACUAGGGCUGCACACGGGUCGGAUUUUCGGGUUUUCGGAUAAUCGGGUUCGGGUUUUCGGACUUCGGGUGUUUAAAAUGUGUAACCGAACCCGAUUUUCGGGCGGUCGGGUCCCACGGGUUUCGGGUCGGGUCCCACGGGUUAGCUACAGUCGGGUUCGGAUUACCAUCCGAAUCAAUAUUUACAUGAAAAAAAAUAAAGUGUACAGUUUAAAUUUCUGGACAACACUGUAAACAAAAAGUAAAAUAAAAAGUUGUGUAUAUUUCACUGACAUAGAAAGUACAAUAAUAACAUUUUGAUUUUAUGAAAGUAAAAUAAAAAAAAAUAAAAAAUAAACAGUAAAACAAUUUGAAUAGUCAUAUCAAUCACGUGGCAUGGGAAGCAUGACCUACUUUUGUAGGUGGCAGAGGUAAAGACAAUCUCUCUCUCUCACAUUUUCUUUUUCUUAUUUUAUAAUAAAAAAAAAAUUAUACUUCUGUUUUGACUUUAGUAGCACGAAAAUUUGUGCUUUGCCAAAUACUUCGGGUUUCGGAUUAACACCCGAAAAAAUAUUUGGCUUAUUUUAAAAUCCGAACCCGAUACCCGUGUGGAGUAUUUUCGGGUUGGACCCGACCCGACCACACGGGUUUUCAAUUUUUCGGUUUUUUUCGGCAGCGGGUCGGGGCGGGUUGCCGGGUUUUCGGGUUUGCGGGUUUAAAUGUUCAGCCCUAAUAUUGACUCAAAGAUCAGUGAAGGCUUGGUUUUUUUUAUGGAAUUGAAGUUUAAUGAGUUGAAGGAAGCUAUUGAAAAUGCUAAAAUUUCUAAAGAUGGAAAUGAUAGUCCUGAUGAGAGCGAUGGCAAGGUUUGUUUUUUGAUUAUGUUUAUUUAUUAGUUUAUUAGAUGUUUCUUUGUUUUUUCAUAUGUUAUUUUGAUUUUGUUGUUUUUUUUGUUGCAAGAAUGAUGAUUUAAAUGAUGUUGAAGUUUUUGAUGUGAAAAGUCAAGAUGCAAUUGAAACUGUUGGACUCGAUGAGAAUAUUCAAUAUACUCAGGUUAUUUUUGUUUUGUAAACUAGUAUAUUGUUUUUUGUUUAUUGAAUAUUUUUUGUUUUUUGAAUAUUUUUUUUUUAUGUUAUUAAUGUUUUUAUUGUUUAAUGGGGUUUUUUUUUUUUGUAGGUUUUUAAUGAUGAUGCUCCUUCAUUUGAUAUUAUGAGUUUUAUUUCUAGUAAACCUGAUUGGUUUACUGAAGAAAAAAAGAAUACUGAUAAAUUGAAUGAUGAAGAACAGGUUGUUGAUGAUCAUGGCCUUUUAAAGGAUGUUGUUAAAAAAUCUAAGGAUGAUGAAGAUGAUGGUGGAGAUGACCAGGCAAGUUUAUUUAUUUUUUAGGUUUUUCAUUAUUUAGAUGAUUUGUUACUAUGUUGUUUUUUGUCUCUGUCAAAUGUUCUUUAUUUUUGUUUUGUAUAUUUACAGGGUUUGGGGGGUGGUGAUGCUGUUAAAGCUAUUGGUUCAGAUGGGACAAAUAAAGACAAUGUUGAGGGAAAGAAUACUGAAGAAGCAAAAGAUGUUGCAGAUGGGAGUAAUAAAGAUAAUGUUGAGGGCAGAGCAGUUGAUGUAGAUGCAAGUGUAAAUGAUGUUGAAGGUGUUGCUAGUAAGGGAAAGUUGUUUGAUAGUCAAGGCACUGAGGAUAGUAUCACUGUGUUUGCUUUGGAGAUUAUAAAUGAAAAGAUUGAUGCCUAUGAGGGAAGCAUUAAAAAGGUUUGUCAUUUUUUGUUUACUGUAUACUUUUUUUAUUUAGUUUAUUUUAUAUUUUGAAUCAUUUUGUCAUGUUUAAUUAUUUUUAUUUUUUGUUUUUAGGAUAAGUCUUUAAAUAAAUUAGAGGCAACAAAUGCUGAUGUUUUAUCUACCUAUGGGUUGGACAAGGUUUGUUUACUUUUUUUUUGUUAUUCUUGUUUAUGUUCUGAGUAUUGAUUUUUGGUUUACUAUGUUUACAUAUAUUUUGUUUUUUUUGUUUUGCAUGAUAUUUUAAGACUGAUGUUGUUGGUGUUGAGAAGAAACAUGGUUCUCAAGAAAGCUUUUCUGUAUCUACCAUGGAGGUUGUUAAUGAUCAUUUGGUUUCCUAUGAAGACAGUUUGAAAAAGGGAAAGUCUAUAAAAUUGGAGGAAGAAACUCCUACAGUUGGAAAUAGAGAGAGGAAACCUAGUUCUGUAUACAACAGUCUGUAUACCACAGAAUUUGGUUCAGGUAGUAUUGGUAAACCAAAAGGUGGACGUCCUGGAUCAUGUGCUUUUGGAUUUGGCUUUUUCAAUGUGAUUGAUGAUGUGCAAGCUAAAUCUUUUGAUCAGUGGUUUAAGAUUGGGUUUAAUGAUAAAAACAAAGUGAAGAAGUUUAAAGAAUGUCAUAGGAAGCUUAAGGUUCCAUUGGAUUUUGUGGUUUGUCAAAUUGAUGAUAAGAUGUGGUUCUAUGAUUUGCUUACUGUUGGGAAGAACUUGUCAUGCUCGCAUAUUGAUGUUUGUUUCUACUAUUUGAGAAAGAAGUUAAAGUAUGACCAGUCUGUGAAAAUUUCUGGUAAUACUACUGAUUGCUUCUUUGCUUCUCAAAUUUUUGAUUUAUAUAAUGAGUUUGUUGCAAGUGGUGAAAAUGUUGAUUCGAUUAAGAAGGAUUCUAAGGCAGCUGCAUACAUAGCGGGUUUUUAUAUGUUAUGCAAUAAACCACCGGGCCGAGCUUGA